AUGUAUACUAGGAAGGAAGAUACCUUAUCCCAUCUCAAGUAUUUUGAAAUGCAAAUGGACCUGCAAGGAGCACGAGGAGAUGUAUGUUGCAGAGUUUUUCCUUCCACUCUCUCAGAAGCCGCCCAACAAUGGUAUUUCAAGUUGGCGCCCGGAAGGUUCAACUCAUGGAAGGCUUUCUCAUCAGAAUUCCAUGCACAAUUAUCCUCUUCUCGCCAACUUCCACUGCACUUAGAAGACCUGAUCGAAGUGAAGCAAAGACCAGGAGAACCUCUCCGAGCCUACAUCAGCAGAUUCAUGACGGAAGCAACUAAGGUUGCACGGGCGAUCGAAGACAGAAAAUUGUCCGCGAUACUGGGGGGAAUUGAAGUUCUUGGAGAACUUUGGAAGGACAUCAGGAAGAAUGGGCUAAUAGAUUCUAUGAGUGACUUCCUUGAUCGUGCGGAUGGUUUUAUUAAGCUUGAAGAAGCCAUUCAGCGAGCAGAGGUUGAGCAAAAACCUAGCCAGCCAAAAGUUCCCUCUGUUGGAACAUCUGUCUAG